AUGGAUCAGAAUGAUUCUACAUUCCAAGAUGAAUCAAAAGAUACUUCUGAUAGUAUAUUUGAAUAUAAUUUGGAUUCUAUGUCUGUUACACCUUUUGAAUCUUUAGCUUUAUAUAACGAAUAUUUAAUAUCAUCUCCUAAUCUUGAGCGUACUACUUUAUUAUAUACUUUCAAAUCUUUAUAUAGUUCUGAACCACUUACUUUAGAUAAUUCUAAAAAUCUUGCUUCACCACCAGAUAGUUUUACUUAUUUGGAUCCUCCUAAUAUUAAUUUUUCUCAAAAUACUAAAAAACACAAUCAUGGACAACUUUUAGAACCAAUAGCCACAAUGUCUCCCACAUGUUGGAAUUCUGUAUUUGUGCUAAAUUCAAAAGAUGGAAAAAAAUUAGAGGCUUUACUGUUAAAUAAAGAAGAAUUAUUAGGUCUUAAAGAACUUAUUAGUUUAUUAGAACCCUUUGCCUAUGCAACAUGUCUAAUAGAUAGUGAUACAUAUCCCACACUCUCUCUUAUGCUUCCAACAAUUGCAACCCUUCAAGAAUACUUGUUUAAACUAGAAAAAAUCCUUACCAAUCAAGUUAUUUAUGACGUUAGGGAUGAGAUUGAGCUUAAUAUAGCCGACCGAUAG